UUCAUUCUGAGUUCUGAGACACGAGGACAAUAGAUAAUUCCAUAAAGAGAGUAAGAGGUCAUGCUGCAUGCCAGUUCGAGUUGCUGCCGUUCAUUGCUUCAAUCUUCAACACUACUUUAACACAAUACUCGAGUGGUACCAUGCAGAGGAGCAGCAAUAACAGACGAAUGACAAGAACAAACAAAACAAAUCAGAGGUCACGAGAGCUGCUGUAAAAGAGAGAGAUACCGCUCCGAGCUGUUUCUUGUGGUGUGAUAUCUUCAUUGCUCUCUGUUGUGACUACUUGUACGGUACCGCAGGCCAAUUUCUUCUAUCUUUGGAACUACUAGCUAGCUAGUUGACGACUUCGUUUUCCACACACCAAGAACUAGGGAAGAUGAACACCACAACGACAAUAUCCACUACUACGGACGAGUUUGUCUAUGCCGCUCUAUCAGACUCGCAGUACAAGGGCGUCGUGGCCGUGGCGACUUGUUCGGGUAUUCUUUCCAUCUUUGGGUCGUUGUCCAUCAUGCUGAUAAUUGUCCGCAACAAAAAGAUGAAGGAACUCUAUCAUCGCAUCGUGUUUGGUCUCUCCACGAUGGACCUCAUCAUGACGAUUGCUACCAUCACCAUGCCCUAUACCAUUCGCUCGGAUAUCGGACUCUUGUUUGCCGUUGGAAAUGUCCGGACGUGUGAAGCCGCGGGCUUUUUGUGGCAGACUUGGUUGGGAUCCACAAUCUACAAUUCCGUCCUCAGUGUCUACUUUCUAUUCACCGUACAGUACGGAUGGCGGGAACAACAAAUGUCCAAGAAAAUGGAACCCUGGUGCCAUAUACUGGCCAUUGUCAUUCCGUUAAUCUUUGCCAUUGCCGGGCUCGCCAUUCAGGGCUUUAAUCCGGUGCCCUACACGUGCGUCUGCGAUAUGGCACCCUAUCCUGCCAAUUGUCUGGUAGAUGAAGACGUCGAAUGUGAACGAGGAAGUUUUGCCGAAGCCCUGGGGCUCAUCCACUUGGGUGUCCUGGGCAUUGCCGCCAUUAUUGGCAUUGGGUCCACCUUUCGAGUCUACUGGUCGGUGCGACAGCAAACUCUGCGGAAUCAAUUGUACGCGGCGUCGGGGGCACCCUCCGAAUCGCAACUGAACCGAAUCAAGGCCGUGCGAAACCAGGCACUCUGCUACACGGCGGCAUUUCUGGUCAGCCUGUCCAGUGCCUUUUUUGCACUCUACGACGACCCCACCGUGGUUUGGCCGUUGGUGAUAUUGUAUAUUUUGUUUCCUUUACAGGGAUUCUGGAACUGGAUGAUCUACACAAGACCCCGGUUGGUCCGGUGGAAGGAUGCCCAUCCCGACAAUUCGUGGUUUUGGGCGUACCGACAAGUUUUGAGUGGGAAACCGGCUCCAACCACACGACGAACAAGGCAUUUACGGGGCACCAACAAACCCCGAAACUCCACCCAAGCAUCAUCCGUCCCAUUGUCGAUGGCCCAGUCCGAACGUGUCGAGAGCACGCAUACGACGCCACAAGGUGGGCAAGUAGUAGCAGUAUCCGAACGGGAGCCCGUACCGGGAGAUGAAGGUUCUAGCCAUAGUGGUCCACAAGACGGAACAGCAGUGGCUCCACGAGCACACGAGAGCAAAACAGCAAGCAGUGAUCCAUUCGAGUCGCCACCAGGAGAUGAGAGCGAAUCUACAUGUAGUUUUGCACAGGAUCUACCGGACCGAGAAGAGUCACCAGAGACAACAGAAAAGGGAGACCGCUUGUCAUGGCCUUUGCUGAACACGGUCCGAAAUCAGGUAGCAAAAAUACGAGAAGGUCUCAGUGAGGAAGAAGUGAGAUGUACAACGCCACUAAUGGCGGAAAAGUCCGAUGAUGAAGACGAAACUAGCAGGAAUCCGCUCGAUCCACUAGAUCCGCAAGAUUCCCCGCCCAAACGAGAACACAAGUCAUGGCCCUCAGCACCCCGGGAGGAACAAUGGCCAGUGGGAACUUCCAUGUACUUGUUCCGAGAGUCGCAAACAAAUAUAGGCGCACCCCCACGCCGAGAAGACUUGUUUCAUACUUCACUGAUAUCCUGUCCACCCGCGGAUGAUGACGAGAGUAGUUGCCCACUGGAUCUAACAGAUCGAGGAGGAGACGAUAUCGAUUUCUCACCCCGACUAGGACACAAGUCAUGGCACGCUGCAAGUGGGGAUGGACAGCGUGAAUGGCCUGCAGCAACUGCAUUUUCAUCAAGUAGCAACCACGAGACUCAGCGGUAAUCGCACCAACACAAGAACAACAAGUACUCAGGAAUCGCAUCAAGCCCAGUGCAAGAGCGCCUUUCAUAGCACGAUAGGCGAGCAAGGGGUCCUGCUUGCAUCACUGAAUGAGUCUACGCUUGGUAAAGCGAUGUCGACUGUCGGAGAUCACGACGAUGCUUACUUCAUUCCUCCGGCACCUUGGAGACCCUGCACACUCGCCUCAGUGAAGCAUUGGCUGGGAUUGCAGCACUCGUUGAAAGCUGCCGACGAUGGGUGUGUGCCCGGGACUCUGCUGCAUUCGAAGAAUCGCGAACUAGCCCAAGGAGGAAGCCCAUCAGUCUUCGAACGAAAGGAAUGUUCCAUGAAGUGAACAUAUUGGUUUGGAUCUCUGUCCCAGAGAAAACCCACGAUGUUGGAAGUGGCCUUGACUUGAGAUGGGAUGGCGUCACAGAGGCAAACAAUGUCAUUGACAUGGGUUGCUUCGAGGGGUGGCUCAGUCUCAAUCAUUUCUUAAAAAAACGCAAACAAUAGCCAGCAAAUUUACAACUUC